AUGCUCAGCCUCUUUGUGAGCACGGGGCGAGCCCUGCCUUCUCUCGAAAGGUUGUCGCUCCGAGUUCCGCCGGCGUCGCCACUUUCGCUCGACCUCUCGGUGCCGCAUGUGCGCCGUCUCUUCCUCGACUGUGUCGCGGUACGCUGGGACAGCUGCCAAAACCUCACCCACCUCUCUCUUCAUGGGCUGGACGCAGAGAUGUGCCCUUCUAUUCUCCAGAUUCACACCAUCUUCUCGGCUUCACCGAACCUCGCAUAUAUCCGCCUCGAGAACAUCCUCCCAAACAUCGAAGAUGCCCCAACCCCACAACCCGUCGCACUAUUGUACCUCAAGGAGAUGAUCAUAUCGUCCAAACCAUCCAUCGUCCGUCCGAUCCUCGCAUGUGUCUUCCUAGGCCCUAAUACCCGUCUUCAACUUUACCUUUCACUUUCCGAUGAUUUGCACACCUUAUUUCCUCAUGGGCUACCUUAUCUGACACAACGUCACAAUGUCACCUCGCCUUCGCCUCCUGCCCCCGACCUCGAUGUGCAUACAGUCCGAUUCUCAAGACAUGGAGCCAGCUUCCUCCGAUGCCCUAUCCCGGGCAAACGAGGAGAAAACGCAACAUCACCCGCGCCACCGUGGGUCGAUGACACCUCGCAGAUGGUUUUCACGUUGAGCUCAGCGUCCUCAGUCGGUACACGCGUCUGUUCAUCACUCGACCACCUUAUGGACCUCAGCCGCGUGCGGGCUCUCGAGCUCAACACAGGAGUCCUGCUCGACAUCCCGAUGAAGGCCCUUCGAUUUCUCUUUGCAGGCCUAUCGAACCUUGACACGCUCCGAGUCGCGUUCAACGACCUCGAGGAUUUACUGAACCUUCUCCAGGUAGUUGAUGGGACAGCCACCUCGGAAGAUAGUAUUAGCGACAAUUCGGGGUUCGCACUCGGACAGCUUUACCUUCCACGUCUUUCAACGUUGUCGUUCAGCAAGCCGUCAGAUUUGUGGUGGCAUUUUGGCGAGCGUUGGAUUUCGCCUAUUCUCAGAUGCGUCGGGUCACGACGCCUACACUCCGCUCCCCUUCAAACCCUACAGUUUUUUAGAUGUCAUGGGAUCACGCUAACAUCUGUGAAGGCGUUGGAGGACGUCGUUCCUCAUGUCAUUAUUUCUGAGCAGCUCGGAAGAAGAAGCUCUUUAUGA